AUGAGGGUGUUUUUGCUCCCUCAUUGGAAAUGGUUCGUUGAUUAUGUGUAUGUGGGUAACCGUAUUUGGGUAACAUGGGAUGACAAUGUUGUUGAUGUUCAUAUUCUUGAAUUGGGGAAUCAAUUUAUGCAUUGUCGCGUCACUAAUAGGGCUGAUAGUGAAUCCCUCACUAUCACCGUUGUUUAUGGUGCCUCUGAGAUGAUUGAUCGUAGGAGUUUAUGGAAUACUUGGAAACAUUGGCUUCGAGAGCAAAGGGAUGAUCCCUGGCUGGUGGGGGGGGAUUUCAAUGCAGUUCGAGAAAUGAAUGAAGUGUGUGGAGUUUCUGGUGAUAUAAGGACGGCCAUGGAAGAAUUCAAUGCUGCUAUCCAGGAGGCCGGGUUAAUACCUUUGCCUAUGCAGGGUGAAUGUGUGCAGAAUAUCAGGCAACAUUCUAUUAUUGGGGUUCCUAUGUUUGCGGUAACACGUAAACUCAAAGCACUAAAGCAGGUCUUCAGGGAACAAAGGAGAAAGAAGGGGGAUUUAACACUCAAUGUUCAAUUAGCCAAAGGAUUUCUUGAUGAGGCGCAACAGCUGGUAAGCACAGAUAGACAGAAUGAGGCACUUUUACAGCUAGAACACUGCUGCCGACUGGUUUAUGCAAAAGCGGUAAAACUGGAACAAAUCAUGUUGCAACAGAGAGCCAAAAUACAGUGGAUGAAGGAAGGUGACCAAUGCACCCGAAUUUUCUUUCGUAAAAUUGCCCAGAGAAGAGUGGCGAGGAGUAUAUUGCAGAUCAAUGAUGAUUAUGGAACAAGCCACACAGAACCAGGAGAGAUCAUCAAUGAAUUUGUCCAUUACUACCAAAACCUCUUGGGCGGUAACAGAAGACAGAUACUUAUAGAUAUUGGAUUUCUCAGACCGUGGGCUAGGCAUAUUCUUUCUAAUGAAGAGGCUAGCCAUCUUAUUUCGACUUUCACUCCGGAUGAUGUGAAGCAAGCGGUUUUUGAUAUAGCAGAAGACAAGGCUCCGGGGCCUGAUGGGUAUUCAUCUGGCUUCUUUAAAGCAGCAUGGCCAGUGGUGGGACAAGAAGUUACAAAGGCGAUACUAGACUUCUUUAGUACUGGCAAAUUACUCAAGCAAGUCAACUCCACAAUUUUGGCUCUAAUCCCAAAGGCAAGUCACUGUAUCACUGAGGAGGAAGCUAAUCAAUUACUCCUUCCACUCUCGGCGGAUGAUGUUAAGCAAGAAGCAGUGUUUGAUAUUGCUGAUGACAAGGCACGGGGACCUGAUGGUUACUCGUCAGGGUUUUUCAAGGCGGCUUGGCCUGUGGUGGGGGAAGAAGUUACGAGGGCAGUACUAGAUUUCUUUUCUACCGGAAAACUUCUGAAGCAGAUCAACUCCACGAUCUUGGCUCUGAUCCCAAAGAUGACCUCCUCUUAUUCUGAAGAGCUGACUUAG